GGAGGAGCCGGGAGGAGGAGCCGGGAGGCGGAGCCGGGAGGCGGAGCCGGGAGGCGGGACCCGAAGCGGGCCCUGCGUGGCCGGGCAUGAGCGCGGCUGGAGCGGCGGGAGCCGCGGGCGAGGGGGCUGCCAUGGAGGGAGCGCCUGUGGCCAUCGCCGUGGCCGUGGUAGCGGCGUCCGCCCUGCUGCUGCUGCUGCUCCGAGGGACGGCGCGGAGGCCGAGCGGCCCCGUCACCCUGCAGGACCCGCUCGCCAAGUACCCGCUCCGGCUGCUGCACAAGGAGGAAAUCAGUCACGAUACAAAGAAAUUCAGAUUUGGGCUACCUUCAACAAGUCAUAUAUUAGGAUUACCUGUAGGCCAACAUGUUUACCUUUCUGCAAAAAUUGAUGGUAAUCUGGUGAUUCGAGCCUAUACCCCAGUUUCCAGUGAUGAGACAAAAGGUUAUGUUGAUUUAAUUAUAAAGGUCUACCACAAAAAUGUGAACCCCAAGUUUCCAGAAGGUGGGAAGAUGUCCCAGUAUCUAGAUAACAUGAAGAUUGGAGAUACCAUUGAUUUCAGAGGGCCAAAUGGACUCCUUGUCUACAAGGGGAUAGGUACCUUUCUUAUCAAGCCUAGUAAGAAGUCUGAAGCAGAGAAAAAGUUUGCAAAGCACCUUGGGAUGAUAGCUGGAGGAACAGGAAUAACUCCUAUGUUGCAGCUGAUCCGUCAGAUCACAAACGAUCCUAAGGACUCCACAAAAUGUUACCUCCUUUUUGCUAACCAGACAGAAAAUGAUAUAUUGCUGAGAGCUGAGCUAGAAGACAUUGCCAAGAGGCAUCCUGAGCAGUUUGUGCUGUGGUACACACUGGACAGACCUCCAAAAGAGUGGAAGUACAGCUCUGGCUUUGUCACUGCAGACAUGAUGAAAGCCCACCUGCCUCCCCCUGGCAGUGAGACCCUCAUUCUCAUGUGUGGGCCACCACCAAUGAUUCAGUUUGCCUGUCAGCCCAACCUGGACAAACUUGGCUAUCCCAAGAGCAGUACAUUUGCUUAUUAACAUUGAUGUCACCUGAUACUUUUUUUCACAGAGGAGAGUUACCUGUAAUGUGUGGCUACACUGACAACAGGAAAUGCUACGUGGGAGGUGGCAGCAAAGAGGGAAAGCUUUCCUGCUCCACAGCAUCCAGCUGCUCCUGGCCACUCCUGACAGGCAUGAGGUAUGAGUCAUGUUCUUGGUCAUGCUGAAGCAUCAUCUCCAGUCUUCAAAGGUCGGUGUUAAAAACCUGCUGUCAUUCAGCAUUUCAUCCUGGCUUAGCAGGGUCUGAAAGAACAAGAUGGGGAGGAGUGAGGGUGUUUGGCGAGAGGCCUGUGCUCCCAGAGACACAGCUGCAGUGAGAUCAGGCUCACAACAGAGGGGGUGAGAGCCACACACAAUCAAAGGGAAUUUCUUCAAUAUAGCUUUAAAUAAACUUUGCUUGAGGAAAUUCUUAGAGAUUUUGUGUGUGGCAUGCAACUCAACUGUAUCACAUAACUCUUCAUUAUGUCUUUCAGUCACUUAUUUUUAUUUUUUAAUAAACUAGCUUCUAUGGGAUGAAAAAGCAGAAGUGAGGUGUUUUGUUUUGUUUUCCACAGAGUUUUAGCCCAUGUAAAUUUUCCGAAGUCUGUACCUCAUUCCUGGCCUUUGCUGUGACUGAGGUGGUUACCUGCAAAAUCUUUGAAGAAUUGUUUUCAUUUAAGGGGAUGAAUAUCUGUCAUUGAGUCAAAGAGACAGCAGAGUUCAUGAAAACUUAAAGAGGCCUAAAUGAAGCUUAAUUUCUGGAGCAAUUUAAAAGCAGAGUUUUUUGUACUGAAUCUCCCACCAGGUUCUAGAACAGUGACCCACUCACUCUUAACUACCACCAGCAAUGACCAGCUUUCAGUGAGUUCUAGCAGAACACAUUUGUGGCUUUAAACCAAGAGAGGAAUGAGUACGUACCGUAAGGUGGGUUAUGCCUUGGGAAAGAGCCCCUAUUUGCAUUACUGUGCCUUCUGAGUGUUCCAUCUGUAAAAGCAGUCAGGAACUAGUUCAAAUCAGACAGUAUGUGCAAUUUUAUUCACUUUACAUGCAGCUUUGGGAGGAAUCUGUGCCUGGACAAAUGAAGUUGGGAUAAGUUUAAGAGCUCCUUAACAAAAAUGCCUCUGUGCUACAAGGUAUGUGAAAAUGCAUUUAACAGUAGGAAGGGUGGACCCUGAUUAAGAAAGAUUGAUUCCAUGAAACUUGGCCUCUAAUUCACAAGCAAAAAGAAAGAGCUUAACUGAUAUUGUCAAUACAAAGUAAUAUUUUCCAACUGGUCUGACACUAUUUAUAGUUCUGGUAGGCUUCUUUCACAGGCAAGAAGUCCUUGAUACAGUCCUACCUCUUUUUACAUAGAAAUGUUACCAGUUCUAGGGCAUUGCGAUUUCCUGCAUGGAUGACAUGCUCAGAAGUCAUGCUUAAUAGACAGACCAUGCUCCUAGAGAAGAAUCCAGUCUUUCUGUCAUGCUUGAACAACUGCACAGUGCAAGUUCUUGGCUCAAAGUUAAUGCAUUCCCUCACAACUCUUAGCUGAGCAAGUGGACAUCCAUACUUAAUCACGGUCAGGGUUUGGUAUUCUCCCUAGGUAGGAGCAGUACAUUGAAAGAGACCACGGUUAGCUAAUGAACAUAAAUGUUAGAUGCACUAAACCAUGCAAAUGAAAAAAUUACCUUCACAGUUAGUCUUUUCAAUGUUGUGACCAUUCUCUUAUCAGGCUUAAACUGUUUUUAUGUCACUGGAGAAUGGGCAGUUUACUGUAGCUGCCUCUGUGUGGCUCUUGUGUGUUGCCAAAGUUCACACAAGGCUCCAGGAACGCUCCGUUUUUCAGGGUUUACAUCCCUUUACACAACAGCAAAGUUGAAAUAAAAUUUGGUGUCUUUUAGUCUUCAUCAUUUGUCUGUAUGUUGUCUAGACAGUUUCAUUCACAAGUUCACUACUACAUAACAAAAGUGAAUUAACUAUUGGUUUAUUAAUAAUUUGUUCAUUCCUGAUGCAUUGUCUUCACAUAGAUUGUCUAAGCAGAACUACUCCCCACUGUACACAAUGAAAGAAAAAUUCAGUUGGAUUCUCUGAUUACUGUAAAAAAUACAAUCCAGUUGUACUUUAAUAUAGCUUUGUACAAAUUUGUCCAAAUGAAUUCAUUACAUUAAAAACCACCUGUAAAGAUAAUGAAAAAAAAUAGUGUGCCAUACUAGGAUUAUGAAAGCUAGAAGUACAAAAGUUUUGUGUUUACUGCAGCCACCCCCUUGACUGACAAAAUACCUCGAUCUUCGCAGUGUAAAGGUGUCGUAGUCCUGAAAAAGGGCUUGAGGAUGGAUGAGUUUAUUAUGAUGUCGAUUUAAAAAAAAUACCCCAACAUUCUUAGCUUGGAACUCUUUCCAGUGU